AUGCCGGCGCUUGCGGGCUUCGUCAACUUCACCCCGGACAAAGAUGUCCCCUCCUUGAAGGACAAGGUCAUCUUCGUCACCGGAGGUACCAACGGCCUUGGACGGGAGUCUAUCCUGGCGCUGGCAAAGCGCGGCCCAGCGCACGUGUACUUCACAGGCCGCAAUGUCGCAGCCGCUGAGUCUCUGAUCGCCGAACUUGCCAGAGCGUGCCCGUCCACGCCGCUGACAUUCUUGGAACUGGACAUGCUCUCCCUAGCAUCCGUCAAAGCUGCCGUCAGCAAGUUCGCUCACGCCCGACUCGACAUUCUCAUGUGCAACGCCGGCAUCAUGGCCGCGCCACCGAAGCUCAGCAAGGACGGCUUCGAGAUGCAAUUUGCGACAAACCACCUGGCCCAUGCAAUGAUCAUCCAGCACCUCCUUCCGAUCCUUCAACAAACAGCAGAAGCACCCGGCUCCGACGUCAGAGUCGUAUGCCUCACCUCCGAAGGCUGGGGCGGCCACCCCCGAAAAGGUAUCCUGUUUUCACAGCUACGGACUCCGAUGGAUAUGGUGCUUGGGCCAUGGAUCAGAUAUGGGCAAAGUAAACUGGCCAAUAUCGUCUACGCACGGGAGCUUGCACGACAGUACCCUGGUAUUAUGGCAGUGUCGAUCCACCCGGGUGUAGCCCACACAGGCCUUGUCAACAACCUGCCGGCUGGACACAAGGCCACUGUUCAUAUCGGUAAUUUUCUCAUUGGCAGACCCCUCAUAGAGCCCUGGCAAGGUUGUCUGAAUCAGGUAUGGGCAGCUGCUGGAGCAAAGAGGAACGAGCUUGUUAGUGGGGCUUUUUACUACCCUAUUGGAGUCAUGAGCAAUGACAAGCUCGACAAAACAGCGACGAGCCAGAAGCUUGCGGAUGAGCUUUGGAAAUGGACAAAUGAGGUUCUGGUACAGUACUGA